AACUAUAUAUCGGAUCUUCGGAUGCUGAAGUUCAAAAACAAAUCUCGUGCAGCUGAAAUCUCUCAAUGGAUAAACACUCAUCCUCUUUCUCUUUGCUUCAUUUUUCCGAUUCUUUUUCCACUCCAGGAUCAUAGGAGGCUAUGGCGAUUACCAAGGUGAAAGAGCCAGUUUGUGUGACCGGAGCCAAUGGGUUCAUCGGAUCUUGGGUCAUCGGUACGCUGUUGGAAGCCGGUUACACUACCAUUCAUGCCUCGAUCUUCCCCGGCUCCGAUGCUUCCCAUUUGAUCAAUCUCCAGGCCUCCGCUAACCCUAAUGCUACCCUUCGGAUUUUCGAAGUGAACGUAAUGGACGGCGAGGCUGUGGCCAGGGCUGUGGAAGGCUGCAAGGGCGUAUUCCACAUUGCGUCACCCUGCACGCUGGAGGAUCCUAUUGAUCCACAGAAAGAAUUGGUGGAGCCGGCAGUGAAAGGCACUCUUAAUGUUCUUGAGGCUGCGAAGAAACUUGGGGUACGGCGCGUUGUUCUUACUUCUUCUAUUUCGGCUCUUGUUCCCAACCCUGGCUGGCCAUCCGACAAGCCAUUUGAUGAAUCGUCGUGG